UAACGCCCCGGCGCGGUUUGUCCCUGCGGCGCCGCCGUAGCCGCCCGCGCCCGGUGCAGCUGCCCGCCGCCAUGCUGGCCGCCGCCGCUCUCCUCCUCCGCCGCGCCGCCGUCCCCGGCCUUCGCGCCGCCGCCGCCCGCCGCCCCGCCGGGCCCGCAGCCGUCCUGCACGCCCGCUGCUACUCCCAUGGGUCACAAGAAACAGAUGAAGAGUUUGACGCUCGCUGGGUGACGUAUUUCAACAAGCCAGAUAUUGAUGCCUGGGAGCUUAGGAAAGGUGUAAACACGCUUGUGGGUUAUGACCUGGUUCCGGAACCAAAAAUCAUCGACGCAGCUCUGCGGGCAUGCCGACGGUUAAAUGACUUUGCCAGUGCUGUUCGCAUCUUAGAAGUUGUAAAGGAUAAGGCAGGACCUCACAAGGACAUCUACCCUUACGUUAUCCAGGAGCUUAGACCAACUUUGAGUGAACUGGGAAUCUCCACUCCAGAGGAACUGGGCCUGGACAAAGCAUAAACUUUACCGGUGCGUUACUCCAGCGUUUUCCUGCUGUUGCCUGAUUGCGCACAAGUCGCCUGGAGACACAAAUGUUAAAAUAUUACCCUGUUUGAAACAACCUCUUCCUUUAUCCUGUCGCGGAGGGUGCGAUGGGAGGUCCGAUGGGAGGUCGAUGGAAUAAAGGCAAAACCGGUUUGACUCA